UUUCUCGAAUAACGAAGUCGUAGUAGGAAUUACGAAAUUGAGAAGAGUUUGGAAAGGCUAUUUAUAAGAGCUGCCGGGCUUAUCGAACAUCAAAGACGAGAAAUCGCGAGUAGGAUGAAUGGUAGCCCACUGCUAAGCCGGCUACAGUAGUAAUCCAGUGCAAUGGCGAGCGGUAUCGCGCGGAGAGACAUGUCAUCCGUCAAAAUUCUCGUCCUUUUAGUGGUCGUUCUGUCAGCGUUCGCGCAUUCACAAAACACACUGUUCAACGAUGUGCAAUCGGUCAUCAAGUCCAUAUUCAAGACCACCCGUGAUCCCGCUAUGUUCAAUCUGUACACCAGAGAAAAUCCGUUUGGCGAGGAGCAGCUGUUUUUAAACAACACCGAGGUUCUUUACGCAUCUCACUUCAAUGAAAGUCGACCAACGAAAUUCAUUAUUCACGGAUUUAGUGACACCGGAAACGAAGCCUGGGUACGAGGUUUGAUAGAUGCGUAUCUACUUCAUGAAGAUGUAAAUGUGAUAGUAGUCGGAUGGGGAGUUUUGGCGGCCGACGUUUAUCCAGUAGCGGCAAACAACACACGGAAAGUGGGCGAGUUCCUCGGAGAUUUUUUAGAAUUUUUGAAUCGCGAAUCGAAUCUUGAGUACAAGGAUGUUCACAUCAGUGGUCAUAGCUUGGGUUCACACGUGGCAGGAUACGCUGGAGCUUACUUGGAUGGACGUAUUGGCAGAAUAACAGGCCUAGAUCCAGCUAGUCCGUUGUUUGAAACAGUCUUCGGAAUUGUCGAUCCAGAAUACAGAUUAGAUCCAACCGAUGCCCAAUUCGUGGACGUAAUUCAUACGAGCGGACCUGCCUUUGGAUUUUUGGCUCCACUUGGCCACGCUGAUUUUUAUCCUAACAGUGGAAAGUUUCCACAACCUGGUUGCUCGUUUCUACCAACUACAACUUACUGCAGCCAUUCGCGAGCUCAUCAGUACAUGACAGAGAGUAUAGGCAGUACGGCUGGUUUUAAAGCAAGAACCUGUGAAAAUUGGGAGAAAUACAUAGAAGGACGUUGCGAUUACAAUCCGAUUGUUCUGAUGGGAGAAUACGCGUCCACGUCGUUGCGAGGAAAAUUUUACUUAACAACAAACGACGUACCUCCGUUCGCAAUAGAAUGAGCGAGAAUGGACAUUUGGAACAACUCUACAUAAUGAUGAUCCUGUAUUUGCGGCAUCAAAAUGAUCUGUACUAGUCAUUUACAAGUUACUUUAUUUAUGCAGCGUGCGCAAUUUUAUUCGAAUUCUACAUUUUCUUUUUUUUUUUUUUUUAAUUAAUCGGACGAACGAGAUUGAAAUCGGUGGUGAACCGGUAUCGUUUCAUGUCGUACAACAAAAGUACAAAUUAUAUUAAUUAAAAUGACACGUGUUAAUGACACUUUCUCUCGUUAGCGUACUUUUGCAGAAUGAAAUAGAAAUAAACGUUGUAUUGGUUACUUUGAAA